AGACUUUUUUUGGUGGCAGUGGCGGUUGGGUGCCUUGCAAAAAUGAAGGAUGCGGGACGCAGCUCUCUCUUGGAACCGAACGCAGUGGAUAAACUGAUCGUGCAAGAGAGAAGGAAGAACGAAGCUUUUUCUUCUGAGACCUGGAUCUUAACACAAAUGUGUAUAUGUGCACACAGCGAGCGUUGAAAAAUGAAAUAAACCAGUGUCAGACCCGCGGGGGUUGGUGUGUGCUGACAUAAAUAAAUAAUAAUCAGACAGCUGCCCCCCUCCCCCCAAAGGAUGAUUGGAAAUGGAGAACCGAGGAUCCACAAAGAAAAAGUAUGUUCAUUUUUCUCUCUAAAGGAGAAAGUGAGCCAAGGAGAUAUUUUUGCAAUGAAAAGUUGGGGGCUUUUUUAGGAAAGUAAAGACCUGAUAUGCUGCUGUUUUCUUUUCUUUUUGAAUUUCCCACAAGAGGAGAGGAAAUUAAUAAUACAUCUGCAAAGAAAUUUCGGAGAAGAAAAGUUAACCGCGGCGGAAUGAGGCAUUGAUUGGGGGAGAGAAACCAGCAGAGCACAGUUGGAUUUGUGCCUAUGUUGACUAGAAUUGACGGAUAAUUGCAGUUGGAUUUUUCUUCAUCAACCUUCUUUUUUUCCUUUUUUUUUUUUUCCUUUUGGUGUCAAGAUCAUGCGUUUUUGCUUGUUCUUAAUCACCUGGAUUGCCAUCUGGAUGUUGCUGUGAUCAGUCUGAAAUACAAUCAAGAAACUGAGGCUAGGAGAGAGGGGGCUCGCCCAGAGUUACUCAGCUAGUCAGUGACAGACAGCAGUGGAACUUGAGACUAUUUGAACUCCAGAAGGACCAACACCAGAUAAAUUAUGAAUGUUGAACAAGAUGACCUUACAUCCACAGCAGAUAAUGAUAGGUCCUAGGUUUAACAGGGCCUUAUUUGACCCCCUGCUUGUGGUGCUGCUGGCUCUUCAACUUCUUGUGGUGGCUGGUCUGGUGCGGGCUCAAACCUGCCCUUCCGUCUGCUCCUGCAGCAACCAGUUCAGCAAGGUGAUCUGCGUUCGGAAAAACCUCCGCGAGGUUCCGGAUGGCAUCUCCACCAACACUCGGCUGCUGAACCUCCAUGAGAACCAAAUCCAGAUCAUCAAAGUGAACAGCUUCAAGCACUUGAGGCACCUGGAAAUCCUACAGUUGAGUAGGAAUCAUAUUAGAACAAUUGAAAUUGGGGCCUUCAAUGGUCUGGCGAACCUCAACACUCUGGAACUCUUUGACAAUCGUCUUACUACCAUCCCGAAUGGAGCUUUUGUAUACUUGUCUAAACUGAAGGAGCUCUGGUUGCGAAACAACCCCAUUGAAAGCAUCCCUUCUUAUGCUUUUAACAGAAUCCCUUCUUUGCGCCGACUAGACUUAGGGGAAUUGAAAAGGCUUUCAUACAUCUCAGAAGGUGCCUUUGAAGGUCUGUCCAACUUGAGAUAUUUGAACCUUGCCAUGUGCAACCUCCGGGAAAUCCCUAAUCUUACGCCGCUCAUAAAACUCGAUGAGCUGGAUCUUUCGGGGAAUCAUUUGUCUGCCAUCAGGCCUGGCUCUUUCCAGGGACUGAUGCACCUUCAAAAACUGUGGAUGAUACAGUCUCAGAUUCAAGUGAUUGAACGGAAUGCCUUUGAUAACCUUCAGUCUCUCGUGGAGAUAAACCUGGCACACAACAAUCUAACAUUACUGCCUCAUGACCUCUUCACACCCUUGCAUCAUCUAGAGAGGAUACACUUACAUCACAACCCUUGGAACUGCAAUUGUGACAUACUGUGGCUCAGCUGGUGGAUAAAAGACAUGGCCCCCUCCAACACAGCUUGUUGUGCCCGAUGUAACACUCCUCCCAAUCUGAAAGGGAGGUACAUAGGGGAGCUUGACCAGAAUUAUUUCACUUGCUACGCUCCUGUGAUUGUGGAGCCCCCUGCAGACCUCAAUGUCACUGAAGGCAUGGCAGCUGAGCUGAAAUGUCGGGCCUCCACGUCCCUGACCUCUGUAUCUUGGAUUACUCCAAAUGGAACAGUCAUGACACAUGGUGCAUACAAAGUGCGGAUAGCUGUGCUCAGUGACGGCACGUUAAAUUUCACGAAUGUAACCGUGCAAGAUACAGGCAUGUACACAUGUAUGGUGAGUAAUUCUGUUGGAAAUACCACUGCUUCAGCUACCCUGAAUGUGACUGCAGCAACCACUACUCCCUUCUCUUACUUUUCAACCGUCACAGUAGAGACUAUGGAACCUUCUCAGGAUGAGGCAAGGACCACAGACAACAACGUGGGCCCCACUCCAGUGAUUGACUGGGAGACCACCAACGUGACCACCUCUCUCAUGCCACAGAGCACAAGGUCGACAGAAAAAACAUUCACCAUCCCAGUGACUGAUAUAAACAGUGGGAUCCCAGGAAUUGAUGAGGUCAUGAAGACUACCAAAAUCAUCAUUGGCUGUUUUGUGGCCAUCACGCUUAUGGCUGCAGUGAUGCUGGUCAUUUUCUACAAGAUGAGGAAGCAGCACCACCGGCAAAACCAUCAUGCCCCAACAAGGACUGUUGAAAUCAUUAAUGUGGAUGAUGAGAUUACGGGAGACACACCCAUGGAAAGUCACCUGCCCAUGCCUGCUAUCGAGCAUGAGCACCUAAAUCACUAUAACUCCUACAAAUCUCCCUUCAACCACACAACAACAGUUAACACAAUAAAUUCAAUACACAGUUCAGUGCAUGAACCGUUAUUGAUCCGAAUGAACUCUAAAGACAAUGUACAAGAGACUCAAAUCUAAAACAUUUACAGUUACAGAAAACAAACAAUCAAAAAAAAAAGACAGUUUGUUAAAAAUGACACAAAUGACUGGGCUAAAUCUACUGUUUCAAAAAAGUGUCUUUACAAAAAAACAAAAAAGAAAAGAAAUUUAUUUAUUAAAAAUUCUAUUGUGAUCUAAAGCAGACAAAAUGAUGUGUAUUCCUCAGAACCUGUUUUUGCUGCACUUAUUUACUAUUUUCCCACAUCUCGUCCCUACCUUCCCUGAUUGCCAUAUUUUUCAUAGGAGAUCUCAAUUCCCUGAAGAACUGGUCUAGGAAAUUUUGUAAGAAUUCUGUUAUACUUUAAGAUUUUUAUGGUGAAUUCUAGUGGUGAGAUCCAGUCUAUUUUGUCUUUAUUUUUUUUCCUCCUUUCUUUUUUUCCCCCUCAUGCCCUUAUGAAAUAGUCCAAUGGGGAAUGCAAUAUUAGAAAUAGAUUUUUAAGAAAGAACGAGGAAAAAAAAUGCAAGAUCUUAUAUUUUUCAUGUAAUGACCUGUUCUGUAUUUAUGAGGAGGACCAUUCAAUGGCAAAGAAAAAAAGUAAGCAAACAACAGAUUAAUUUACA